AGAUAAUGUCAUUGGAAGAGAAAUAAUAAUUUUUAGUUGAUGAAAUUAUAAAUAAGGGUUAUGAUAGUGAAGAUUUUACAAAGUAUAUGGAUAGAAAGAAAGAAAAUGGAGGUCAAGAUUUAGAUAUUUGGCAAAUGGAUGAAUUAAUACAAGCAGUCACUGAUUAUUAAAAAACUAGAAAUCAAAUGAUGUAAAUUAUUGACGAUGAAAAUAAUGGAUUUAAGAGAAAAAUUGAUUGUUAAAAAAUGAUUGAAAGUGAAAUUGGAAACAACAAUAAUGUAUAAAUUAUCAUAGAAAAGUAUAUAAUAAUCCUAUUUUCAUUUUAGUUUUGAUAAAAAAGAUACAGGAUUCUUUAGUCUUAGUAAAUCUUAUGUUAAUUAUAAAAUUGUUACAAGUCCAUUCUAAUGGAUAGUCUCUAGAAGAUAUUCAGAUUUUGAAUGGCUUAGAGAAAUCUUAACAAGAAUAUAUCCUGGAGUAUUUGUACCUCCUAUCGCUAAUAAAACCCCUACCAGAUAAUUUAGUGAUGCUUAUUUAACUAAAAGAAUGAAAUUCUUAGAAGUAAUUAAUUAAUCCAAAAUUCUUUAGAAAUUCUUAAAUCAUCUACUUAAUUCAAAUAUUCUCAAAAAUGACAAAUAUUUUUAUGAAUUUCUAAGAAUAUAAGAUGAAAAAGAAUUUAAAUCUCUUCAAACUGCCUCAGAGAAGGUUCAAAAAACUACAAAAUUAGAUAAAGUCAUAAGUGAAACUGGAUCUAUUGAAGUAGCAUUCAAUCCUUAAUCUGAUAAUUAUAUUAAAGCUGCAGGUAAUUUAAUGACAAGUUUAAAUUUAGACUUUGAAAUGUAAAUAAUAUUAUUAUUAUUAUUAUAUAGAAUUAUGAAAUAAUCAAAAAAAAUGUUAUAAGAUUUUGAAAUAGUCUCAACAACUAUGUUUUAAAUGGGAGAAUCUUUUGAAGUGCUAACUAAUCACAUUAAUUAAUUUAAUUCCUCUGUCUAAGAUUCAGAAUAAAUUCUCAAAUUUGAAGCAGUUACAAUCACAUUAAAUAAUAUGAUGAUAAUAAUGGGUAAGAACUUUUAGAAUUAUCAGAAUUAUAUUUAAGAAAACUUCAGAAAUUUUUUUAAAUAUCAUGACAAAGAGAUUGCCUAAUUAAAAGAACAUUUACUCCUCAGAUAAUAAAGUUAAGCCGAAUAUCUAAAAUAUAAGGAACGCUUAGAUUUGAAAAAGGAAAAAUUCUAUUAAUUAAAGGAAUACCACAAAUGGGAGGUUUCUAAAGAAAUAUAGGAAGAGCUAAAGCAAUAUAAUGAUAAUAAAAAAUAUUGUCUAAAUAUUAUGCUACCUAAAGAAACAUCUUAAUAAAAUGACUUAAGAGAUACAUAUGCAUAUUAUAAUCUAUCAGCAUACAAUGAAAUUAAAAGAGUCUUUGAACAGAAUAUAAUUAUUUUUGCAAAACAUUUCAUUUAAUUUGCUGAUAGCCAAGCAAAAGAUUUGACUAAAGUAAUAAUAUAUUUAAAUAUAGAUGCAUCUGGUGUGGGCUGAUAUAUAAAGUAAUUUAUAAGGGCUUGAUCUGAUAACUGAACUUGAUCAGAAAGUUUAAAUAAUGGUUAAACCUAAAGCUGAAGUUUGA